GCCUUGCCGGUUGGACACCUGCGCAGUGCCGCUGUCGGUUCAGUGUGUGUGUGUGUGGGAGCCGGACCAUGGCUGGGUCGAUGGACAGCAGCUCGUUUACAUCGGCGGCGGACUUCACCACCCGGCACCUAGUGCUGGGCCUGAGGGUGGACUUCCAGAGCUGCCGCAUCGCCGCUUCAGCUGCGCUCACUGUCGAAGCUCUGCGCGAUGGAUUGUCGGCUCUGGUCUUGGAUACAAGAGACCUUAAAAUACUCAAGGCUACAGUCAAUGGACAAGAAGUCAAAUUUUCACUUGGAAAUAAGCACUCUUACAAAGGAACACCCUUGACGAUUAUUCUUCCAUAUAAAUUGCUGCGGGGCCAGCAAACAGUGGUGGAGGUUACUUAUGAGACAUCACCAGAAGCUUCAGCUUUGCAGUGGCUCACAGCUGAGCAAACAGCUGGGAAGAAGCACCCAUACUUGUUUAGCCAAUGUCAGGCUAUACAUUGCAGAAGCAUGGUCCCUUGCCAGGACACACCGUCUGUGAAAAGCACGUACUAUGCUCGGGUCUCUGUUCCAAAAGAACUCGUUGCUCUUAUGAGUGCAAACCAUGAUGGGGAGUUGGUUGAUGACAAAGAUGACAGCAGAAAGAUUUGCUGUUUUCAGCAAAUGGUUCCAAUGCCAAGCUACUUAAUUGCACUAGUUGUUGGAUCUUUGGAGAGCAGAGUAAUUGGCCCAAGAUCUAGAGUCUGGUCAGAGAAAGAGAUGGUGGAUGCUGCUGCAUAUGAAUUUGAAGAGACUGAAACCAUGCUGAAGAAAGCUGAAGAACUUAUGGGCCCAUAUGUGUGGGGACAAUAUGAUCUGCUUGUACUUCCUCCGUCAUUUCCUUAUGGUGGAAUGGAGAACCCUUGCCUGACUUUUGUAACACCAACUCUGCUGGCUGGUGAUAGAAGUCUUUCUAGUGUAAUUGCACAUGAGAUUUCCCACAGUUGGACAGGAAACCUAGUCACCAACAAAACCUGGGAGGAUUUCUGGUUAAAUGAAGGUCAUACAGUGUACUUGGAGCGUAUGAUCGCCCGUUCCAUGUUUGGUGAAAAGCACAGGCAAUUUGCAGCCAUUGGAGGCUGGAAAGAUCUGCUUGAAGCGAUUGAGACAUUUGGUGCUACUAAUCUCCUGACCAGCCUGGUCCCCAGGCUGUGUGAUACUGACCCUGAUGAUGCAUUUUCAUCUGUUCCAUAUGAAAAGGGGUUCGCUUUACUCUAUCAUUUGGAGGAACAGCUUGGAGGACCAGAUAUCUUCAUGGGGUUCCUCAAAGCUUAUAUUCAAACAUUUGCCUACAGCAGUGUAACCACGGAAGACUGGAAGAAAUGCCUGUACACACAUUUUAGUGAUAAAACUGCGAUUUUAAAUAAAGUUGACUGGAAUACCUGGUUCCAUUCUCCUGGAAUUCCACCAUUCACACCACACUAUGACACCUCUAUGGAUGAUGUUUGCAUAUCUCUCUGUAAGCGUUGGAGCAUAGCCACCAAUGUUGAGUUGGACUGCUUUACUGAAACUGAUCUAAAGGAAAUGACGUCACAGCAAAAGAUUGAAUUCCUUGCUCUUUUACUGUUGGAGCCUCCACUGCGUCUCAACAAUGUGAAACGAAUGCAGGAUCUUUAUAAAUUCAACGGUGUCAAAAAUGCAGAGAUAAAAUUCAGAUGGUUACGUUUGUGCCUCCGAGCUCAGUGGGAAAAGGCCAUUCCACUUGCUUUGGAAAUGGUCACUGUGCAGGGUAGAAUGAAGUUCACUCGUCCUCUUUACAGAGAUUUGUACAACUUCGAACAAGCACGAGAGCAAACGAUUGAAACCUUUAAGAAGAACAAGCCCUGUAUGCACCCAAUCACAGCUGCAUUGGUAGCUAAGGACCUCCACCUUGUUUAAUAAUUGACCAUUACGGCAGUAGCACUCUCUUUUCAGAUUUCACUACAAAAUAAAGAACUUUGGUUAACAUACUUUCUCUGCAGAUUAUGAAAAAUCUGUUUGUUGAUUCCAAUCAUUUUUCAGCAGUUUUCAGGUGAAAUAGAAUAAUUCUAAUAGAAAUGUUGAAUUUUAAAAACUAUUACAUUGUUCCAUGGAAUCAGUAAGUGCAUUGUUUCAAAUAAAGUUUUUGAUCUGUA